AGUUGUAUUUGUUUCGGGAAAUUCUAUGCAUUUGAUUUUGGCACUCUGCUCUAGAGAAGCAGGGCCUCAAAGCAGUUCACAAGCUAACACUGUUGCAGAUGAAAUUCUUUCCUAGUCCCAUCCCACUUUAACCUACUAGGCAACAGAAUAAAAACAACAGCAGAAAAUCCAAACAAAUAAAAAAUUAAAUAAAAAUGGAAGAGGAAACUAGACCACAUAACUUAGAAACCAAUGCAGAGCAAAUAUUAUAAGGGAAAUAAAAUGCUGGAGAUCAACACAUGGAUUUCCACCCAAGAACCCAUAAACACUGCCAAAUUUGCCACACAAUUCCAACCUCCCUAAGCCUCUUCAACCCUUCCUCCCUACAGACAAUGAUGUUUCAAUCAGUGCAAACAUGACACGUGUCAACCUUGUGCAUGAGAAUAGUUUCUAUGGGGAGCUUUUCUUCCAUUAUAAAAUAACGCCUCUGCUUCAUAAUGGUCAUUAGCCAUCAUCCUUCUUCCCUUGAGGUUGAGGCCUUCACUUGUUGGUCUUGCAUUCUUUCUUCUCUCUCUAUCCUGUUGGUUCUCCUCCAUUAAAUUUGGCAUGCAACAACAACAUCCAUAAAGUUCAAACUGUCUUGUGGUCACUCUUCAGAGGAAUCAUUUGUGGUUCCUGCUCCCACAUUAACAUAUUAUCGGUUUUUAGCUCGUUAUAUUAUAGUGUUGAAGAUUACAUACAGCAGUAUCCUUCCAAGUUCAAUUCAUCGCUUCUAAUGGAGAUCGUUCGUGGUUUGGUAGUAAUUUCAAUUGUAGUAAUUAUUGUCGUUCAGAAUUCAAGCAAUGUACAGGGAAGAUACCAUUAUCACAAGACAAAAAACAAGUCCUCCAAAAAAGGAGGGUCCCCUGUUGCUCCAUCCCCUGAUAAUGUCCCUAAUCCUCAAGAUCCCUCUGUUCCUUCCUCCCCUGUUAAUCGUCCUUCUCCAAUCCCUUCAGACCCAUAUCCGAAUGAUCCUGGAAACUCCAGUUCAGAUUGCACUUUCGACGUGACAUCUUAUGGAGCAGUUGGAGAUGGUUCCACAGAUGACACUUCCGCAUUUGUAGAAGCAUGGAAGGCAGCUUGUGCAGUAGAAUCAGGGGUUGUUUUGGCUCCUUCAGGUUAUGUUUUCAUGAUCACUUCAACCAUUUUCUCAGGGCCUUGCAAGCCAGGACUUGUGUUUCAGGUGGAUGGGUGCCUAACGCCACCGGAUGGACCAGAUUCCUGGCCAGAAAAAGAUAGCAGAAAGCAAUGGCUUGUUUUUUAUCGAGUAGAUGAUAUGACUCUCACCGGAAAAGGAACUAUUGAAGGCAAUGGAGAGAAGUGGUGGGAUCUCCCCUGCAAACCUCACAGGGGUCCCAAUGGAGAGGCAUCCAAAGGACCGUGUGAAAGCCCUGCAUUGAUUCGUUUCUUCAUGAGCUCCAAUCUAGUAAUAAGCAAUUUAAGGAUUCAAAACAGUCCUCAAUUCCACAUGAAAUUUGAUGGCUGCGAAGGAGUUCUGAUACAACAGCUGUCCAUAUAUUCUCCCAAACUUAGCCCCAACACUGAUGGGAUCCACAUAGAAAAUACAAAGACUGUUGGAAUACACAACUCUAUGAUUAGCAAUGGUGAUGAUUGCAUAUCAAUUGGAACUGGUUGCUCAAAUAUUGAUAUAGAGGGUGUGACCUGCGGGCCUAGUCAUGGGAUUAGCAUUGGAAGCCUAGGAGUACACAAUUCCCAGGCCUGUGUCUCUAACAUAACAGUGAGUAAUGCAAUUAUAAAAGAUUCAGACAAUGGAGUGAGGAUCAAGACAUGGCAAGGAGGCACAGGUUCUGUUUCAGGCAUAUCCUUCCAGAAUAUACAAAUGGAGAAUGUUAGAAACUGCAUGAUCAUAGACCAGUAUUACUGCUUGUCAAAGGAAUGUCUAAACCAGACCUCAGCUGUGUACGUGACAGAUGUAUCAUACAGAAACAUUAAAGGCACUUAUGAUGUGAGAACCCCACCAAUUCACUUUGCCUGCAGUGACACUAUCCCUUGCACAAAUAUUACCCUAUCAGAAGUUGAGCUUCUCCCUGAAGAAGGAGAGUUGAUAGAUGAUCCGUUCUGUUGGAAUGCUUAUGGGACAGAAGAAACAGUCACUAUACCUCCUCUAAAUUGCCUCAGAGAUGGGGAGCCUGAGAGUGAGGGAGAGGUGGCUUCCUAUGGUUGCUAAAAUAAUACUUGUGAUUAAUUAUGGUUAGGAUACUGUAUAGAGCCCAAGAACCAUUAUCUUUCAUGGGUCUUGAUUACUAUUUAGGGUCCAUCCCUGUUAGGGUAUUUCCCCUCAUUGUGUGAUGAGAUUGUAAUAGAAGAUGGGUAUAAUUUUUUGGCCCUCGAUUGGAUUUUUACAUGUAUGAUUUUAGUGAUUUUGUUGGAUUUUAUUUUACAUGUUUUUCAUCA